GGUUAUCUGACACACCGAGGAGGCGCAGUCAAUGAGGGCGCAAACAGGAAAGUGAGCGCAGUCCAAAAACGCCCUCUAAAACUCGAGAUUGGCGAGGGGGGAAACAUAAGCAAGAAAUCCAUUCCUGCUCUUGACAAGCAAUACACACUAGCCAUUGCAUCAUAAAGAUGGGGAACCGGGGAAUGGAGGAUUUGAUUCCUCAGGUGAACCGCAUGCAGGAUGCCUUCUCCGCCAUCGGGCAGAACGCGAACCUGGACCUGCCCCAGAUCGCCGUGGUGGGCGGCCAGAGUGCGGGGAAGAGCUCGGUGCUGGAGAACUUCGUCGGGAAGGAUUUCCUUCCCCGUGGUUCUGGCAUUGUGACUCGUCGGCCUUUGGUUUUGCAGCUGAUCAACAGUCCCACAGAAUAUGCUGAGUUCCUUCACUGUAAGGGCAAAAAGUUUGUCGAUUUUGACGAGGUCCGGCAGGAGAUCGAGGCAGAGACUGACCGCGUCACCGGGGGCAACAGGGGCAUCUCCUCUGUGCCCAUCAACCUGCGUGUCUACUCCCCUAAUGUGCUGAACCUGACCCUGGUGGACCUGCCGGGGAUGACCAAGGUGCCGGUGGGCGAUCAGCCUGCGGACAUCGAGGCCCAGAUUAGAGAAAUGCUGAUGCAGUUUGUCACCAAGGAGAACUGCCUGAUGCUGGCCGUCUCCCCGGCCAACUCUGAUCUGGCCAACUCUGAUGCUUUAAAAAUUGCCAAAGAGGUCGACCCUCAGGGUAUGAGGACCAUCGGUGUGAUCACCAAGUUGGACCUGAUGGACGAGGGCACAGAUGCUAAGGACAUCCUGGAGAAUAAGCAUCUCCCGCUCAGGAGGGGUUACAUCGGCGUGGUGAACAGGAGCCAGAAGGACAUAGAUGGCCGGAAGGACAUCAAAGCUGCUUUGGCUUCUGAGAGGAAGUUCUUCCUCUCCCACCCUGGAUAUAGACACCUGGCCGACCGUAUGGGCACUCCCUACCUGCAGAAAAUGCUCAAUCAGCAACUGACCAACCACAUCCGGGACACCCUGCCGGGCCUGCGGGCCAAGCUGCAGAGCCAGCUUCUCUCCAUCGAGAAGGAGGUGGAGGAAUACAAGAACUUCAGACCCGACGAUCCGUCUCGCAAGACCAAGGCUCUGCUCCAGAUGGUGCAGCAGUUCUCUGUGGACUUUGAGAAAUGUAUCGAGGGCUCCGGAGACCAGAUUGACACAGCUGAGCUGUCAGGUGGUGCCAGGAUCAAUCGCAUCUUCCAUGAACGCUUCCCCUUCGAACUGGUCAAGAUGGAGUUUGAUGAGAAAGAGCUCCGCAAGGAGAUCAGCUACGCCAUCAAGAACAUUCAUGGAAUCAGAACUGGCCUCUUCACCCCGGACAUGGCCUUUGAGACCAUUGUGAAAAGGCAGAUUGGGAAGAUUAAAGAGCCUUGCACCAAAUGUGUGGACAUGGUCAUUUCUGAGCUAGUCAUUACGGUUAGGCAGUGUACCAAGAAGCUGGCUCAGUAUCCCCUGUUGAGAGAGGAGAUGGAGAGAAUCGUCACCCAGCACAUCAGGGACAGAGAAAACCGCACUAAGACACAGGUGUUGCUGUUGAUAGACAUUGAGUUGUCUUACAUGAACACCAACCACGAGGACUUCAUUGGAUUUGCCAACGCUCAGCAGAGGAUCAGCCAAUCGAACAAGAAGAAAGCAGCUGGCAACCAGGAUGAGGUCAUGCCGGAAAGAGGAGUUAGCGAUCGGUUCAAGGUGAUCAGGAAGGGUUGGCUGACCAUCAACAACAUCAGCAUCAUGAAAGGAGGAGCCAAGGAGUACUGGUUUGUCCUCACCGCCGAGUCCAUGUCCUGGUAUAAAGACGAUGAGGAGAAGGAGAAGAAGUACAUGCUGCAGGUGGACAACCUGAAGCUGCGCGAUGUGGAGAAAGGUUUCAUGUCCAGCAAGCACAUCUUUGCCCUCUUCAACACCGAACAGAGAAAUGUGUAUAAGGACUACCGGCAGCUGGAGCUGGCCUGUGAGACUCAGGAAGACAUCGACGCCUGGAAGGCCUCCUUCCUCAGAGCCGGAGUGUAUCCUGAACGGGUCACGGACGGCGGCGAUGAGAAUGGCUCUGACAACAUAAUGCACAACAUGGACCCUCAGCUGGAGCGGCAGGUGGAGACCAUUCGUAACCUGGUGGACUCCUACAUGGCCAUCGUCAACAAGACCGUCCGGGACUUGAUGCCGAAGACCAUCAUGCACCUCAUGAUUAACAAUACUAAAGUGUUCAUCAACGCAGAGCUGCUGGCCCAGCUGUAUUCCUGCGGCGACCAGGGCACGCUGAUGGAGGAGUCUCAGGAGCAGGCCCAGCACCGGGAUGAGAUGCUGCGGAUGUACCACGCCCUGCGGGAGGCCCUCAGCAUCAUCGGUGACAUCAGCACAUCCACCAUCACCACCACCAUGCCGCCUCCGGUGGAUGACUCUUGGCUGCAGGUGCAGCGGAGCGGCUCCGGAGGAAGGUCUCCAGCCACCAGUCCAACUCCAAACCGCAGAGCACCACCGGGACCUCCGGGUCGCCCGCUCUCUCGUGGGCCUCCACCUGGGCCCCCUCCUGCCGGGGGGCCCCCUGUCCCGUCUCGCCCGGGGGCUUCUCCGGACCCUUACGGUGGGCCGCCACCCACUGUGCCUUCCCGGCCGAACCGCGCGCCCCCAAAUGUGCCGAGUGGUCACGGGGGUGAGUGAGCAUGAAAACAGCCACAGUCUAUGCAUAGCACGGCCAAAGCGCUCCUCACAUCGCUGUCAGGGAGCCUGUAAGUUCCUCCAUCUGUUCACCCCGUCAGUGAGAUGUGUUUUGACCCCAAACUAAAAUGUCUAACCCACCCUCCACAAAAACCUCAACUGAUGUCCUUUUAGCCUCUUAGAAACGACUUCUGUGAGCCCUCCUCCACGACUGCAACGGGAAAACAACAAAGCAUAUUCUACUUAUUUAAAAGUAAAUAGUUUAUUUUGGACAUGUGUUAUUGUGUUACAAUGUAUAUGUGUGGUGCCUCGUAUGGGACUUGUACUUCCCCUGUAGAGAAUUUAGUCUGCUGAAUAUUUAAAUGAUUAUGAAUAAAGAAGGAUAAGGUAAAAGGAGAUCUUUGACAAAUGUGUAAUGCAGUGCUGUAUGUGGACAUUGGCAGGUUGUUUGAUACUUUAUCUGGAAGCAGACUUUUCUUUAGUUGUUGUUUGUCUCUGUGUGUAAGAGAGCAGGAGAGUGUGUGAGUGUGACCUCCUGCAGCAGCCAAGUCCUGCAUCUUGUUUUAAGUGCUGUGGGUGGAACGAUGACUCCAUCUUGCAGAACUGCUGUGCUUUGUCAAUGCAUUAAAAACCUCAGUACUCUUUAAAGUGU